UUAGAGCCAGGGGCGGUCUCUCUGUGACCGUCUUCGUCUUUUGCAACAUCUUGAUAAGUGUACGCACGUGUGGACUUUUAACACUUCGCUUCCUCGUUUCAGAGAUGUCAGCAAAGGGAACUAAAUUGAUUUGAGAUCUUCGUCAAAAGGCGUCUGAAGAUGAGUGAAGAGGUGCAGCGGCUCCUGAUCCAGUUCCAGGACGAGAAUGGAGAGUUACUGGGCUCCCCUUUUGACGUUCCUGUCGACAUCACUCAGGAGAAACUGCAGCUCGUCUGCAAUGCGUUGCUGCAGAAGGAGGAGGCAGUGCCACUCGCGUUCUUCGCUCGCGGCGACACGGAAAUCGUGUCUAGCCUGGGCGUCUGCAUCAAGGAGCUGGCAUGGGAGACUGAGCAGGUGCUGCCCGUGGUUUACCAGCCCCAGGCCAUUUUCCGGGUGCGAGCCGUCACCCGCUGUACCAGUACGCUGCAGGGGCACACGGAGGCCGUCAUCUCCACCGCUUUCAGUCCCACCGGCAAAUACUUGGCCAGCGGUUCCGGUGACACCACAGUGCGCUUUUGGGACUUGAUGACAGAGACGCCGCAUCACACCGCCAAAGGUCACUCACAUUGGGUUCUUAGCAUUGCCUGGUCGCCUGAUGGCAAGAAGCUUGCGUCGGGGUGCAAAAACAGUCAGAUAUUUCUGUGGAAUCCAGUGACGGGCACACAAAUUGGGAAGACUCUAUCCGGACACACCAAGUGGAUCACGUGGCUUUGCUGGGAACCUCUUCAUCUUAACGCUGAGUGCCGCUAUUUGGCGAGUAGCUCCAAAGACGGUUCGGUGCGCAUCUGGGACGUGGUGAUGGGCCGCUGCGACAAGAUCCUGACGGGCCACACGCAGUCGGUCACUUGUGUCAAGUGGGGCGGGGACGGGCUGCUGUACACGUCGUCGCAGGACCGGACCGUCAAAGUGUGGCGGGCCAAAGACGGCGUCCAAUGCCGGACGCUGCAUGGCCACGCCCACUGGGUCAACACGCUGGCGCUCAACACCGACUACGUGCUAAAGACCGGCGCCUUUGAACCUGCCAGCGCCACCGUCAACCCACAGGACCUCACGGGAUCACUUGCGGAACUAAAGGAGAAAGCCUUGCAGAGAUACAAUAAUGUUCGGGGCUCCAACCCAGAGCACUUGGUGUCAGGCUCGGACGACUUCACCUUGUUUCUGUGGAAUCCCGCCGAGGAGAAGAAGCCUCUUGCCCGGAUGACGGGCCACAGCGCCCUGGUCAACGAAGUCCUCUUCUCCCCGGACACCCGCCUCCUGGCCUCGGCCUCCUUCGACAAGUCCAUCAAAAUCUGGGACGGUCGCACCGGGAAGUACCUGAUGUCCCUCCGUGGCCAUGUGGGCUCCGUGUAUCAGGUGGCGUGGUCGGCCGACAGCCGGCUGCUGGUUAGCGGCAGCAGCGACAGCACGCUCAAAGUGUGGGACGUCAAAACCGGGAAGCUCAACAUCGAUCUUCCCGGACACGCCGAUGAGGUGUUUGCUGUGGACUGGAGUCCCGACGGCCAACGAGUGGCCAGCGGCGGCAAAGACAAAUGCCUUCGAAUAUGGAGGCGAUAGCUCUCAUGGCCACGACCUCCAUUCCCUUCCUGUCAAGAGAUCCGAGUGUAGGUGACAGGUG